UAGCUCAAAGCAACCUUUCUGGGUCACAUUACUAAAUCUCGGCGUAGCCUAGUCGUAAGCAGAGUUAAUUCAGACGAACACCGAAUUCCGUACCCCUAUAUCACACCGACAUGCGAUCCUAUAAGCUUUUGAGCCCGUAGAUGACAAAGAACCACAUGCAUGCUCUAUCGUGCUGAAUAACAUGGGAUUGGCGGCAGCGGAAAUCGUUCCGCAGCAAUCACAUUACUUCAACGCCGGAUGAACUCCGGACUCCGAAAGAAAUCACGUUGCGGGACUAUAAGGCUGUUGAUAUCAAAGCCGAGUCCCAAAUGAUCUGGGCAGGGUGAUCGCCUGUUAUUCUCUAUCUAACCAUGGCCCGCCCUAAGAUCUCAAUACACAUCCACAACCGCCCUGACGACGCAAUAUGUGUCUUUUCUACCCUUGAUACGAUAUCUGGGGAGGUAGCGAUUACAUUCGAGCAUAAUAUCAGCUACUUGGACGUGAAGAUAUCCUUUGAAGGUGCAUCAUCUCAGCUGACAGGCUCGUCCAUUCGCAUGCUAAUCGGUGACAUUGCAGGUCGCACAACCGUGACGAUCAGGAACGAUUUCGGGGGACAAAGCAAGGCUGCUGAGACUUUUCUUCACCUGGAAGGACAUGUCGAUGAUAAGCCACUGUUGGAAAACGGGACCUCACAAACCUUCCCCUUCGCCUUUGUUGUCCCAAAGGCCCUCUCGUCUUUUUCAUGCCAGCACUCGAGCCGGGAUACACUAGUUCCGUAUGCGCAUACGGAGCUACCUCCCUCGCUUGGGAGUCGGUCGUCAUCUUUGUAUUCUUCUUCAAGGAACGAACCAGCGAUCGAUUCCCAGUGUCCGCAGGCGGUCAGGAUAGAGUACCAUAUCGUGGCAUCGUUUCUUCUCCAAAAUACCCAAUCCAGGUAUCCGGUCAGUGCGCGAAGGGAAAUAUGCAUCCUUCCUACCGCAAAGUCCGAGAGACCUCCGCGUCCAUUCGCCCCCCCUUUGAUCGAUCUCUGUGCCCCUAAACCGGGGGUUCAGCCCUUCACCGUGCACAAAGACCUCAAGCACGGCGUUUUCCAAACCCGACUCGGUCGACUUUCCAUUCGCGCUGUACAACCAGAUCCCAUUUCCAUGGGGCUGCACAGCGGCCGCCCAGCACAUACGUUACUUACGUUGCACAUGCGCUUCGAGACUUGCCACAAUAUUGCUAUUCCUCCUCCUGCCCUAAGCCGUAUAACCACAUCCCUGCGCGCGAUAACAUUUUUCAGUACCUCUCCUUGGACCGAGAUACCCACGGAUCCGGUUGCGGUACGGAAACAGAUGCGGUCUGGAGUGUAUGUGAAGACGGUGCAGCUGGGAAUGAGGGAAUUGGCUUCUGUGAUCUGGGAAGAAUGUCCGGGAGAUCAAGGCGAGCAAUCUGGGAAAAUAGUAUAUGAGGCAGUCGUACAAACUCCGGUUCUGCUUCCGAACGAUAGAGUUUUUGUGCCGACGUUCCAUUCCUGUUUGGUUGCGCGGUGCUAUGAGCUCCUGGUGAAGGUUUCCUAUCGUGGUAGGAAUGGGAGUUUGCCUGGGAGGGUUGCGGUGGAUGUGCCGGUCACGGUUGGGGUGGGGUAGGAUGGGGUCACUCUAUGGUGUUGGUGUUGGUUGCCCUGGGGUGAGGAAAAGCUGUACUCUAGUAUUCGAUUAGGUCAAAUCAAGACGGAGUCAAGCCUGGUUACAAUAUUCCCAGGCCUCUUACCGGCA